AUGGCGCCGGAGCCCAAGGCCUUCGGGCUGCCCGCGCCGCUCGCCGCCGCCGCGGCCCUGGAGCGCGGCGUCGCGUCCUGCGGCGAGGGCCGCGCGCCGCGCUACCUCCGCGUGCGCGUCGCCGAGUACCGGCCGCUGCGGCACGGCGACGCCUUCGGCGACGACGCGGCCCACGUCCGCGCGUCGCUCGCGUCGCACGACGCCGCGCGCGCGGGCGCCGCCGCGGCCGUCGCCGCGCGGACGGGCGGCGGCGUCGCGCGCCGCGACGGCGUCGUCGUCUGGGAGGGCGCCGCGGGGACGCUGGACCUCGACCUCGUCGGCCUCUUCGCCGCCGUGGCCGGGAGCACGGGCGCGGAGGUCGGCGACGCCGCGUGGGUCGGCGGCCUCCGCCUCGCGCUCGCGGCGACCGUCGGCGGCCGGAGCUCCGCGGGCGAGGUCGCCCUGGGCCCGCUCCUCGAGCACUGGCUCGGCCACCGCUGGGGCGCCGUGCGGCGGACGGCGAAGCUCCUGCCGCGGUCCGGCGCGUGGAGCGACGACGGCCGCGUGCGGUACAAGGAGGCCGCGGGCGCGGUGACGUUCACGCUGGCCUUCGUCGGCGACCUCGAGGCCGUGCCGCGCGCCGCCGUGCCGCCCCAGCGGCGCGCGCGGCUCAAGCUGAAGAUCGGGCCGGGGAGCGGGCUCCUGCGCGUGUCGCUCGCGGCGUCGGGGCGAUCCGUCGAAGUCGCUUUGACGGACGCGGCCCAGACUCUAGUCCUCCGGAGCGGCUGCGCGGACGUCGACGUGCUCGCCCUCGCCUGGGCCGAGGACCCGGAGGACCGCGAGCCGUUCACGCUCGCGCUGUCCCUCGCGGCCGUGGAGCGGGCCGCCGAGGCGACGAAGGCGCUGCGGGGCUGGCCCCUGCGGCGGCGCGUCGGCGGCACCUCCAGGGUCGCAUUUGAAUUCCACGCAGGCGCGACGCUGCCGGGGCUGCUUUUAGCGCUCGGCCGCGCGGCGCCGGGCGACCCGCGCGUCGGGUCCGACGCGACGACGCUGGGCGCGCGGCGGGCCCUGGCCGUGGACGCCCUGCUCCAGCUGCCCCGGGGCGAGGCCGUGUACUGGGUGCCGCUCGCGCGCGGCCACGACGAGCUCUGCGACGACCCGAGCGUCGGCGUGCGCGUCGUCGCGGAGCGCGCGCUCAGCGCCAGGGAGAUGGGCACGGCCCGCCGCGCCCACGACGCCGUGACGGCGGCGCCGAAGCGGGCGCCCGCGCCCUUCGCGGGCUGGGUCCACGCGAGCGACUACCGCGUCGUUCCCUUCUUCGAAUGCGCGGACGGCGGCGCGCUGGGCCUCCAGCUGCGCUUCGCCGUCGGCGAGGCCGUCGAGGACACGCCGCCGGCGCCCUUCGUCGCGGGGCCCGCGGGGCGGGCCGACGUGCGCUGGCGCGACGACGGCGUCGUGCUGCCCGUCGCCGCGGACGGCGCCGGCACGCCCGCGCUCCGCGUCGACCUGCUCGAGGCGUCGAGCGGGAAGGCCCUGGGGUGCGGCGCCGUGCCGUUGACCGCCCCCCUCCUCGCCGGCGGCGGCGUCGCCGACCUCGUCCUGUCGCUCCGCGACGCGGCCAGGGGCGCGCGCGUCGCCGUCGCGCGGCUCCGCGUCCAGGCCCUGCCGGAGCGGACGCCGCUGAGCGACGCGCUGGCGCUGUCGCGCGCCGGCGACGUCGCCGCGCUGAGCGACGCGACGACGACGCGGGGCGUGCACCUCGAGGCCACGGGGCGCUACGACGCGGUGGUCGUCCGCGCGCCCAAAGCGCGGUUUCUGCAGCACGCGAGCUGCCGCGGCCGGCUCGAGCCGUUCCUGACCGUCACGUUGAGCUUCGGCGGCGCGGUGGUGGACGCCGCGGGGCCCCUGGCCCGGGCGGGCACGGACACGCACCCGCUCUGGCCGCGGGGCCGCGUCGCGUGCCGCCUCCCGAAACCGCUCGCGGACGCGCUCGACGCGGCCGCGGCCGCCGCCGCCGCCGCCGGGGGCGACGACGGCGCGCGGGCGGCCGCGGCGCUGGCGACCUUGGAGGACCUGCCGCCGCCGGCGCUCGUCGUCACCGCGCGCGCGGCGAACGCCGCGCGCGACGACGACGCGAUCGGGACCUGCCGCGCGGCGCUGCCCUGGGCGUCGCUCCUGGCGCGCCUCGACCUCGACGACGACGCGGGCGCGGACGCGGUCUGCCACGAGCUCCUCGACGGCGACGCGCAGGUGCGGGGCGAGCUCGUCUUCUCCGCGUCGCGGCGCCGCGCGGAUUCCCGCGACGCGGGCGGCGGCGGCGUCUUCGCGGUCGACGUGCCCCCGUCGUCGCGCCGCGAGACGCAGCCCGUGACGAUGACCCUCGACCCCGGCGACGGCGCGCCGGCGCUCGCGGCGACGGCCGAGCUGCCCGCGCGCGCGCUCUGGCGGCUGGAGAAAGAUUCGAAGGCGUCUCUGACGGUCGCGGUCGCCGGCGGCGACGCGACGGACGCGUCGGCGCUGCUGCGGGCGGCGCUCGCGAGGCCCGGCCGCGUCGCCGAGGUGCCGCUGCGCCUCGGCGGGCCCGACGCGCCGCCCGCGAAGGCCACGGCCGUCUACGCGGACCACGGCCGCGGCUCGUUGGAGUUUUCUUUGGCCGACGUCGACUUCGACGAGGCCGCGCUCGACGCCGCCUGCGCGCUGACGGAGUCGAACGUCGCCAAGGGCCCGCGGCGCCUCUUCUACCGCGUCGAGGUCGUCGGCGGCGGCGGCGGCGGCGACCACGCGCGGUCGUCGACGUCGCUCGCGGGCAGCGGCGUCUGGGCCGCGUCCAAGGCGCCGCCGGAGAAGCUGCGCCUCCUCGUCGACUCGCGGUCCGACUUCUUCGACGGCGGCGACGCGUCGGCGCAGGCGGCGCCGCUCCUGCGCCUGAGCUUCGUCGACGAGCGGCCGGGCGUCUGGCGCAACAAGGUCGCCGUCGCGGAAUGCGCGCUCGCGCCGCUCGUCUGCCUCGGCGCCGGCGAGAAGCGCCGAUUCCACCCGAAGCUGGAACUGCGCCUGCGGGACCCCGUGACGCGCGCGGACCGGGGGUUGGCCACGUGCCGCGUGGAGUACGCGCGGCUCGCGGCGGCGGCGCCGCUGCCGGCGACGGCCGCGGCCGUCGCCAACCUGAAGCGCUGCUUCUUCGACGUCCCCGGCGCCGGCGAGGGCUCUGUGGCUUUAAAGGCCCUCGCCGACGGCCUGCGGCUCGCGCCCGUGGCGCCCCACGCGGAGGCCGUGCUCGGCGCGGUCCUCUCGCGGCGGUCGGGCCUCCGGUCCAUGGUCGAGGCGCUCGCGCCCAAGAAGGACAGGCUCCAGGCCGACCGCGUCGACUGGGCCACGUGGACGCUGCUCCUGUCGACGGCGGCCAUCUGCCGGGACACGCAACUGAGCGCGACCCUCGUGCGCGCGGUCGAGGCCAAGAGCGACGCCGCGCGGAGUCCCAGGGGGAAGGAGAACGUCGAACCCGCACAACAGAAGGACAUCGUCUCGAAACGCGUCAAGUACCUCCUGGGCCUGCGCCUCGCCUUCCCCCGCUGCGCCGCGCUCCGCGCCGCGGACGCGGGCGAGGGCGCGGCGCUCGUCCACAAGGGAGUCGCGCGGCUCGCGGACGUCGCGAGCAAACGCGUGAGGGUGGGCUCUGCGCUCCCUCGCCACGACGGCGGCUGCGAGCUGAGCGUCUUCGUGGCCCUGCUGGCGUCGAAGAACGCCGACGAGCUCGUGGAUACUCUAAAAGCCACGCCGGCGGGCGCGCCGCUCGGCGGCGCCGUCGCGCGCGCGCUCGGGCCCUGCGCCGUCGUCGACGUCACGAAGAAGAAGAACGGCGGCUACGUCGACGGCGCGACGUGGCGGCCGCCGCCGGUCUUCGAGCCCGGGCCGGGCAUCAAGCCCGUGCCGCUCGCCAAGGGGCCGCCCGUGCCCGACCAGGCGUCGUUCGACCGGUGCCAGGAGGGCCGCGUCGAGGCGUCGCGCCGCGAGCGCGACGCGGCGGUGGAGGGCAAGCGCGCGGCGAUCCGCAGGGCGCGGCGGGCGAAGCGGGAGCUGAAGCUCGCGCGCGAGUACAACGAGGCCCUCGCGCGCUACGCGGGCGAGCAUCGAAGAGGGGGCGGCCGGCGGCGCCGAUCGGGCGGCGGCGGCGACUCCGUCGCGGCCGUCGCCGCGGAGCUGCUCCGCGACGACCGGGACGCGCUGCGCGCGGCGCGGGCGCGGCUCCGGGAGGAGCGCGACGGCGCGCGAGACCGGGAGGCGCGGCUCGAGAAGGACCUCGAAGACGCGCGCGCGGCGCUCGAGCGGUCCGCGGCCGUCGGCGACGUCGGCGGCCCGCCGCCGCACUGGGCCGUCGCCGCGCGCGAGGGCGCGAAGCUCGAGAACGCGAACCUCGAGCGCGAGGCCGCGGCCGCGCGCCGCGACCGCGAGGCCGCGACGGAGGCCGCGGCCGCGUCGAAGCAACGCGCGCGGGACGCCAAGGACCGCUGCGACGUCUACGAGAACGCCCAGGGCCGCCUCGAGGCCGCGCUCCAGCGCAGCGAGCGCCGCGGCGCGGCGAGCCGCGCGGAGAACGAGCGCCGGUUCCACGAAACGUUGGAGUCGAACGCGCGGCGCAAGGCCGACGCGGACUACGAGCGCUACCGGGCGCGGUGGAACCGCGCCGCGGACCUGCGAUCCAAGGACCGCGUCGCCCGGACCGCGGCGGCCGUCGCCGUCGUCCAAAGGCUCGCGCGGCCGUGGCUCGCGCGGCGGAAAUCGCGGCGCGCCCGCGACGGCAAGCUCACCAUCUUCUUCGCCGUGCGGCGCAUCGUGCGGCUCCAGCGCCAGCGCAAACGGCGCCGGGAGCUCGUGCCCGCGGCCCUCGCCGUGCAGCGCGUCUACCGCGGGCGGCUGCUCCGGCCGGCGACGACCAAGGCGGCCGCGGGCGCGGAGCGCCUCGCGAUCGCCUGGCGGGCAAAGCGCGCCCUCCGGGACGCCGACGCCGCCAAGUCCGCGGCGGCGCGGUCCGCGGAGGACGCGCUCCGGGCGCGCGCGGUCGGCGACGAGCGCGACAUCCGCGCGGACGCGUCCAAGGCUCGGACCGCGGUAAGGCUCGCGACGACGCGCCAGCGCCUCGAGGCGCAGCGCGCGCGCACGGACGUCGAGGUGAAACGGCGCGAGGACUUGGAGAUUUUCGAGCGGGCCGCGCGGCGGCGCUGCCUCGGCGCGUCCGCGCUCCACCGCGCCGUCGAGCGCUGCGUCUUCCGGCGAGCGCACGCGAGGCUCGUGACCUGGCACCGCGCGACGCUGGCAAAGCGCGCCGUCGGCGACGGCGGCAUGGUCCAGCGCGUGGCCAAGGCCGUCAGCGACGCCCUCGUCGAGGCGCCGAAGACCGUCGACCUGUGCCGGUCGCUCGUUUUUUACAUCGCGGACCUGAGCGCGGACAUCAGCGACGACGAAAAGCGGCGCCGCGCGGAGCUCGACCGCCUCGCGCGCGAGACGCUGGACGCCGUCUUCGCCGAGCGGCGGCCCGCGGGGCCCGCCGCGCGCCGCGAGCACGCGCUGUCCGCGCGGGAGUACGUCGACGGGCUCGUCGACGACCUCGCGCCGCCCGACUCGGACCUGUCGGCGUCGUCCGACGAGGAGGAGGAGUCCGAGGAGGCGCCGCCCGGGCGCAUCGAGGUCUACGACGUCGAGGAGCCCUUGCCGGCGGAGGCCGGCGAACUGGAGGAGGCCGGCGAACUGUCGCGCCUGCGCGAGGAGAACGAGCGCCUGCGAGCGGCCGCGUCGAAGGCCGAGGAGCCGCCGGCGACGCCGCCGCCCGAGGAGGAGGAGGAGCCCGGGGAGGAUUUCGUCGAGGCCGAGGAGGAGCCCGAGGAGGAGGAGGGGCCCGAGGCGGAAGAGGAGGACGCGGCGGUCUGGCCCGACCGGGCCUCGGUCGUCGGCCGCGCGGUCCAGGUCAAGGACGAGGACACGGGCGCGUGGGCCGACGGCGUCAUCGCCGACUUCGAGGCGGACAUGGACGAGCUCGACGGCGACGACGGCGUCUGCGUGCGCUUCGCGAGCGGAGACGAGGACGAGUGGCUCGAGUACGGCUCCGAGGACGUGCGCUUCAUCAAGCCGGAGGCGUACGUCGAGCCGCCGACGAACGACACGCCCGCGCGCCAGCUCGACGACUGGGCGCCCGACGCCGACGCGGGGGCGGAGGACGCGGACGCGGAGGAAGCGGACGAGGACGCGGACGCGGACGAAGGGGACGAGGCGGAGGACGAGGCCGCGGACGAGGCCGCGGACGAGGCGGAGGACGAGGCGGAGGACGAGGCGGAGGACGAGGCGGAGGACGAGGACGCGGACGAGGCGGAGGACGAGGACGCGUCGGAGGACCCGUACGAGUGGCCGCCCAAGGGCGACGUCGCCGAGUGCAACUGGCAGGUGCUCUACCUCGACGAGGCGGAGAACGCCUGGGUCGCCGGCCUCACGGUGAGCGAGGACGCGGCGACGGGCGCCGUCCGCGUCAAGCCCGUCGACGACCCCGACGCAGAGGACUUGGUCUUCGUGAGCGGCGACGCGAAGCUCCGAUUCAUGGCGCCGGUCGACUAA